GUGGAUGCAUCGACUAAGAAUAGAACCUCUUAGUCAAUGGUGCAUGUUAACCUUUUUCGUUUUCUUGUUGCUUUAUGCAAAUACAAGAAUAUUACACGUUAAAUCUUGUAUACAUAUCUAUAUACAUAUAUAUACGUACAAUUAAAAGUUAUGUUUUUAACUAAUGUAUUGUGUAAAAAAGUUAAAAGCAAACAUAUUUUGGUAUUAGUAGAAAGUGUAGCCAGUGGUCAUAAGCGUAUUAAAAUGCGAGAGAGGUUAGGAGAUAAAAUAGAAGAAGUGCAGUUUGAUCCUUAUGUUCGAGCAAAUGUGAUCUACCGAGAACUGAAGAAAGUUAAGAGUUUAUAAAAAUUAAUUUAAUAAACAAUUUCUUCAUGAUAAUUUGUAUAAAUAUCGCUUAUAAAACUAAAGUGCAUAAACAUCAUUGCACAGAAUGAAUAAAAUAAUAUUAAGUUAAUAGAGAA